AUGGAACGAGGAAGAGGAGGGACUCUGAAGAUUCUGUUCCUGUUGACACUCUGUCUGCUAACCUUCACUUGUCAAUGCCAAGAUUCAGGGCAUUCCUCUGAACUGAGGAUUGUUCUGGUAGGGAAGACUGGAUCAGGGAAGAGUGCAACAGGAAACACCAUCCUGGGGAGAAAGUCGUUUAGAGAAGCCUUCUCCCCUAAGUCUGUCACUGAUCACUGUGAGAAACAGAGUGGCGUGGUGGAUGGGAGGGAGACUGAUGUCAUCGACACCCCGGGGCUCUAUGACACAACAAUGUCUCAAGAAGAGAUGAAAAGUCAAAUAGAGAAAGCCAUCUACAUGUCAGUCCCAGGACCCCACGCCUUCCUGCUGGUGAUCAGACUGGGGAGGUUCACAGAGGAGGAGCAGAACACUGUGAAGUGGAUCCAGGAGAACUUUGGAGAAGAUGCCUCAAUGUACACAAUCAUUCUGUUCACCGGUGGAGACCAGCUGAAGGACGUAUCAGUGGAGAACUUUGUGAAUCAGAGUCAGGAGCUUAAGAAACUCGUCAAGGUCUUUAAGGGAAGAUAUCAUGUCUUCAAUAAUAUAAAGAAGAAUGACAGAAAUCAGGUCACAGAGCUGCUGAAGAAGAUAGAUGAGAUGGUGAUGAAGAAUGGAGGACAACACUACACCAACGAGACGUACCAGGAGGUUCAGAGGAAGAUCAAAGAAGAGGAGGAGAGGAAGAAACAGGAGGAGAUCAGGAAACAGGUAGACGAAGCGAGAGAGGAGGAAAGGAAGACCCAGGAGGAGAUCAGGAAACAGGCAGACAAGGCGAGAGAGAUAGAGAAGGCGAGAGAGAAGUCAAUGGACCUAUUGGGAAAGACAAAAGAUCGCUCUCAGGACACAGAGCUGCUGAGGAAGAUAGAGGAGAUGGUGGAGGAGAAUGGAGCACAGUACUACACCAGUGAGAUGAUAGAGGAGAUGGUGGAGGGGAAUGGAGGACAGUACUACACCAGUGAGAUGAUAGAGGAGAGGGUGGAGGAGAAUGGAGGACAGUACUACACCAGUGAGAUGGUGGAGGAGAUGGUGGAGGGGAAUGGAGGACAGUACUACACCAGUGAGAUGAUAGAGGAGAUGGUGGAGGGGAAUGGAGGACAGUACUACACCAGUGAGAUGAUAGAGGAGAUGGUGGAGGGGAAUGGAGGACAGUACUACACCAGUGAGAUGAUAGAGGAGAUGGUGGAGGACAAUAAUACACCAGUGAGAUGA